AUGUCUGCUGCUGAGGAAGAUGUCUGUAAUCAUGUGAAAGUGGUGGUCCGUGUCCGUCCAGAGUCUCAAAAGGAAAAAGAUGGCAACUUUGCUAAAGUUGUUCAUGUUGUUGACCAGCAUAUAUUGGUCUUUGAUCCAAAGGAGGAAGAAGUUAGCUUCUUUCACGGGAAAAGACUGACCCAUAGGGAUAUUAAUAAAAGAAAAAAGAAAGAUCUUAAAUUUGUGUUUGAUGCUGUCUUUGCUGAAAGUUCAUCCCAGUUGGAAGUUUUUGAGCAUACUACCAAAAGUGUAAUUGAUGGCUUCUUAAAUGGAUAUAACUGCACAGUGCUUGCAUAUGGUGCAACAGGAGCUGGAAAGACUCAUACAAUGUUAGGUUCCCCUGAAGAUCCUGGAGUGAUGUAUUUAACCAUGAUGGCACUUUAUAAUUGCAUGGAUCAGAUAAAAGAAGAUAAAAUAUGCAACGUUGCUGUCUCUUAUUUAGAGGUCUACAAUGAACAAAUUCGUGAUCUGCUGGUAAACUCGGGACCUCUGGCUGUUCGUGAAGAUACCCAGAAAGGGGUGGUAGUUCAAGGGCUAACAUUACAUCAGCCUAAAUCGGCAGAGGAAAUCCUUCAAAUGUUGGAUUAUGGAAAUAAAAAUAGAACACAGCAUCCCACAGAUGUAAAUGCCUCCUCUUCCCGGUCCCAUGCCGUCUUUCAGAUUUAUCUAAGGCAGCAAGAUAAAACAGCUAGUAUUAAUCAAAAUGUUCGCAUUGCCAAAAUGUCUCUCAUUGACCUGGCAGGAUCUGAACGUGCCAGUGCGACAAAUGCCAAGGGGGCUCGUUUUAGAGAAGGAACAAAUAUUAACCGCUCCCUGCUAGCUCUUGGAAAUGUCAUUAACGCUUUGGCAGACCCAAAGAGCAAGAAACAGCACAUCCCUUAUCGAAACAGCAAGCUUACUCGUUUAUUGAAAGAUUCUCUUGGAGGAAAUUGCCGAACAAUAAUGAUAGCUGCUGUUAGUCCAUCUUCUAUGUUCUAUGAUGAUACAUAUAAUACUCUCAAGUAUGCGAACCGAGCAAAGGAUAUCAAGUCUUCUUUGAAGAGCAAUGUUGUUAGUUUGAACAGUCACAUAAGCCAGUAUGUUAAAAUUUGCAAUGAACAAAAGAAAGAGAUCGUAAUGUUGAAAGAGAAACUGAGAGAAUAUGAAGAAAAGCAAGCAAGCAUUCCUGAAAAUCAUAAUGCAGCAGUACUUUCAAACAACCAGCAAAUGGAAAUACAAAGAUACAAAGAAAUCCUUAAAAAUGUGUUUGCAAACCGUGAGGAAAUCAGAAAAGAAUACCUCAAGUUGGAAAUGCGACUGAAAGAAAACGCACUGAAGACGUAUUACCAGAAACAAUGUCAUGAACAAAUUCAACUGAUGUGCUCUGAAGAAAGAGUAGAAAAGGCCACUUGCAAGCGGGAUCAAAGGCUUGCAAUGCUUAGAACUCACCGCAUACACAUGCAGAAGAAGAAAGAAGAGGAGGUCGAACAUUUUGAGGAAAAUACCAAUUGGCUGCAUCGUGUUGAAAGUGAAAUGCGCCUCCUGGGUCAAGAUGGGUGUAUUCCGAAGGAACUCUGUAAAGAUCUGCAGUGUUGCCAUUUAAACCUAGAAGUUAAGGACCUGAAAGCCCAGAUUGAGCACAUGUUAUCUCUGGUGUCCCUUCAAGAUCAGCAUUAUAAGCAGACAGAAAAAGUACUAAAUACUUUGCUUCCAGUUCUUCGCAAGCAAUACCUGACUUUGAAAGAAGCUGGCUUGACAAAUAAUUUAACUGAGACUGAAUUUGGGGAGGUUGAGCAGCUGAUUCAAAGACAAAAAUCAGUAGUUUGGGCUGACCAGACUGAAGAAAACGAACAAAAUCAAAACCAUGAACUAGAGUUGUCAUCUAUCUUUGCAUUCCCACAACUUGUGAACAGACCAAACACCCCAUGCC